AUUUUCAUGGGCAUGCCAAGCUGAUGGUUAACGCAUGCCCUCUUUGAUUCUACAUAACACUGUAGAUUGCGAUACGAGAUCAGUCACUCUACUUGGUGUGCGGGUGAUGGUGAGGUCUACUGACAAUACCGGCAUCACUUCUCUUCUUAUGGCCCACAGGCCAUCCGCGCUGCAAGCAAUUGAGUUAGUACAGCCUCGCAAGUGGGAUGACACGGCAUAACCCCAGAAGCAGAAGAUGGUUCUGAUGUGAGCGUAUCUCGAAGUCCGAUGUCCAAUAGAAGCAUCCAAGGAAUGUGC